GAACACCGCCAGGCAUCCCUUCCCCGGACUGGUUGUCACCUGCUGGUUUCCUGCUUGCUCCUCUGAAAAUGCAGCGGCUGUUGGGUCCAGCGAUGCGGGUUUUGCAGGUGAAGAGAGGGAUCCAGGAGGCACCUGCCAUGGCUGCUCGCCUUCUCCCCGCAGCCGUCCAAAGGUUUUCUACAGUCCCUGCUGUCCCCUUGGCCAAAACGAAUACUUGGCCAAAGGAUGUGGGCAUCCUUGCCAUGGAGCUGUAUUUCCCUGCCCAAUAUGUGGACCAAACAGACCUGGAGAAGUAUAACAAUGUAGAAGCGGGGAGGUACACCGUGGGCUUGGGCCAAACCCACAUGGGCUUCUGCUCAGUCCAGGAGGACAUCAACUCCCUGUGCCUGACGGUGGUGCAGCAGCUGAUGGAGCGCACGCAGCUCCCGUGGGACUCUGUGGGCCGGCUGGAAGUGGGCACCGAGACCAUCAUCGACAAGUCCAAGGCUGUCAAAACAGUGCUCAUGGAGCUCUUCCAGGACUCGGGCAACACUGACAUUGAGGGCAUAGACACCACCAAUGCCUGCUACGGUGGCACUGCCUCCCUCUUCAACGCUGCCAACUGGAUGGAGUCCAGCUCCUGGGAUGGUCGCUAUGCAAUGGUGGUAUGCGGAGAUAUUGCAGUGUAUGCCAGUGGAAACGCUCGCCCCACGGGCGGGGCCGGGGCCGUGGCAAUGCUGGUUGGGCCCAACGCUCCCCUGGUCCUUGAGAGAGGGCUUCGGGGAACCCACAUGGAGAAUGUGUAUGAUUUCUACAAACCAGAUGGGUCUACGGAAUACCCAAUGGUGGAUGGGAAGCUCUCCAUCCAGUGCUACUUACGGGCCUUGGACCGAUGUUACACAGUAUACCGUCAAAAAAUCCAGAACCAGUGGAAGCAAGCUGGCAUCGACCGACCUUUUACUCUCGAUGAUUUACAGUUUAUGAUCUUCCACACACCCUUCUGCAAGCUGACCCAGAAAUCCCUGGCUCGCCUGAUGUUCAAUGACUUCCUGUCUGCCAGUAGCGACACAGAAAUCGGCCGCUACAAGGGGCUGGAGGCCUUCAGGGGGCUAAAGCUGGAAGACACCUACGCCAACAAGGAACUGGAAAAGGCUUUGCAAAAGGUCUCUCUGGACACGUUCAACAAGAAAACCAAGGCCUCCCUUUACUUCUCCACGUACAACGGGAAUACCUAUACCUCGUCCCUGUAUGGGUGUCUGGCCUCACUUCUGUCCCAGUACUCUGCCCAAGACUUGGCUGGCUCCAGGAUUGGUGCCUUUUCUUAUGGCUCUGGCUUGGCAGCGAGUUUUUUUUCACUUCAAGCGUCCCCAGAUGCUUCUCCAGGUUCCCCCCUAGAAAAGCUGGUAUCUAGUAUGUCAGACCUGCCAAAACGCCUUGCCUCCCGGAAGCGUGCGUCUCCUGAGGAGUUCACAGCAGUAAUGGAACAAAGAGAACAAUUCUACCACAAGGUGAACUUCUCACCCCCUGGAGACACAAGGAGCCUCUUCCCAGGCACCUGGUACCUGGAGAGAGUGGAUGAGCUGUAUCGCCGGAAGUACGCCCGCCGUCCAGUCUGAAGAUGCUCCAAGGAGUGGUCCCUGGGAAAAGCACGCUAGCAGAGCUUUUACCCACGAAUCAAGUAAAAAAGGAAACAGACAACGACCCACUCUUAGCUGGCAAAUAGAUCGGAUUGCACACACUAGCCCCGCAAGCCCUGGCCCUGUUGAGUGACGGCCCCCCUCAGUGGGUCCUUCAUGCCUUUUCCUGCUGUUGUCACUGUCAUAGGCUUGUGACUCUGUGGGUCAGGGGCCCUUUGUGAAAAAGAGAGCUGGAGAAAAGGCCUAGCCUUGACCUUCAGAAAUGUGGCAGAUUGUCUCCAAGAUCCAGAUAACUCGCCUAUCAUUUGUUGUAACUUUUGUUUUUGUUAUUAUUAUUAAGUUUCUGUGCUGUUAUAUCUUUAUUCUUUCUUUCAGUUUUCUGUGAAUCUCUAAAUUUUAUACCUGGUACUAAGCUAAUAUAACACCAUUAAAAAGAUAGAGAAGUGAGGAGGGCAAGAGGUGAAGGGGGUCGAUUCUAUGGCACUAGAUGAUAACUAGACUUUGGACCUGGCCGGCAUGGUUCAGUUGGUUGGAGCGUUGUCCGGUGAGGACAACAUACCUAGGUUUGGGUUCACCCCACGGUCCGGGCCCCUACAGGAGGGAAAUCGAUGCUUCCCUCUCCCAUCGAUGUUUGUUUCUCUCUCCCUUCCUCUCUCUCUAAAAAGCAAUGAAAAUAACAUCCUUGGGUGAGGAUAAAAAAUAAAUAACUAGACUUUGGUAGGUGAUCACUUUGUAGUGUGUACAGAUGUCAAAUUAUAAUGCAUGUUGUACACCUGAAAUUUACAUAAUAAAAAAAUAAAAGGCAAGAGAGACAACCAAGCCCCAAUUGUGCAUG